AUGGAUUCAGAAGGUGUCCAUUCGCAGUCGGCAUCAUGGUUUCCUCCAGUGGGCUAUAUGCUAGGUCUUGCGGGUAUCUGGCUCGCAUACAAGAUUCUGGAGGCCAUCUACAACAUCUCGCCAUUCCAUCCGUUGAGCGGAAUCCCUGGACCAAAACUAGCGGCAGCGACAUACCUGCCUGAAUUCUACCACGAUGUCAUUAGGUUCGGCUGCUAUACAAAGGAGAUCGCGCGCAUGCACAAGGUGUACGGACCCAUCAUCCGCAUCAACCCCAACGAAGUACACUGCGACGACAUCAGCUUCGCCGACGAAAUCUACGCCGUCGGUGGCCGAAAGCGCGACAAGCCUGUACACCAGAUCAAUGGUCUUGGAGAAUCCGGUUUUGGAACCGUAGACCACAACAUCCACCGCCUUCGCCGCAUCCCCCUAGCAAAGUUCUUCUCUCGCACAAUGAUAACGCGACUCGAACCCGAUCUUCAUUCUGACGUCCAGAAGCUCUGUGAUAAGCUUCUCCGACAAUCGGGUGAUAACAAGCCAUUCGACGUCACCAUGGCAUACAGCUGCUUUACCGCCGACGCCAUAUCCAAAUACAGCUUCGGUGAGAGCUUUGGGUUCCUCGACCAACCAGGUUGGUUCCCUAAUUUCAGAGAACCAACUGCCUCGAUUCUGCGUCCUGUCUUUGUGUUCCGCUUUUUCCCUUGGACGAAAUCUACUACAAAGUUGGCAGCGACAUUCGUCGAUUACUUGCCCAAGGAUAUUUCACUUAUGGUCAAAACAUUGCAGAUUGAUCUGCCAGCCAGAGUACGCAAGACCAAGGAGGACAUGGAUGCCGGUAUUACGUAUGAUCGGCCGACUAUUUUCGCGAGUCUUUUGCAAUCCGAUCUCGAGAUUCUGGACAAGGAACCCCAGCGUUUGUCCGAAGAAGCACAGGCUGUUCUAGGUGCUGGAACGGAAACUACAAGUUGGGCGUUGGCGGUCAUGACUUAUCAUUUACUAACCAAGCCGGAGAUUCUUGCUAAGCUCACCGCAGAGCUGAAAACUGUUGUGGAUGACCCGAGACAUCUAUCAUGGCCUGUAUUGGAAACGCUGCCUUAUCUUGGAGCCGUCAUCCAGGAGGGCUUGAGACUGUCCUACGGCGUUUCUAGCCGUACUGCGCGUGUGCCCACUGAAGAAAACCUACUCUACCGUGGAGAAUGGAACAAGAAGAGCGUCCAAUAUGUGCUUCCCAAAGGCUAUGCCAUCGGCAUGUCAGCUUACGUCACACACCAUAACGAACGCGCCUUUCCCGAUUCCUACGCCUUUGCUCCUGAGCGAUGGCUAAACGAGAACAACAACAGGAGAAAAGAAGCUGAGCGUAGUAUGUUGACGUUUUCGAAGGGAAGUCGAUCUUGUUUGGGAAUGAAGUAA